CAAAAAGUUACAAUAUAUAGUCAGCGAAAUCAUUCCUCUAAACACACAAAGUCUGAAGAGAAAAACAAAACUUUUCCACCUUCUAUUCUAUCAAUGGCGACUAGACUAACAUCGCUUUUCCUCUUCUUCUUUCUCAUAUCUUGCACAUUUUUGUUGCAUGAAACCAAUGCAUCAAGAAAAAUAGGUAGAAGCUAUAUUCCACUGUGCGGAUCAAGAGAUGAUUGUGAUGGCAUAUGGUGUAAAGGAAAAGCAGGAAAGACUGGACAGUGUAACAUGUGGACUUGUGACUUUGAUGAAUAUUGUCGUAAGAUUGUUCGUUGCGAAAACUUGCCAGGACCAUAUUGUAUGGAAGGAAUAUGUACUUGUUAAAAAAAAUACUUUGUUUUGAAUAUGCAUAGUGCAUUACUAAAACAAAGUAGUUUAUUAGGUAAUUCGUUUUCCUGCUGUUACGUUGUAGUCACUAUAUAAACACAAUAACAACCAAAAAUUUUGUCGCAAUAGGGAUUCAAACAUAGAAGCACCAUGUUUAGUAUUAUAUAUGUUAGCAAAUUUUGCUGAUUUUAAUUUAGAGGGGUUUUAUGAA